GAGGGGGGGGGGCGAUUAUAACGGGAGCGGAGUGUUGACAAGCGGGGCAACGUGGAGACGACAUGAGCUGAACUGAACUGAAGCACCAGGAGCGGAUAGGAACGCGGCUCGAGGACCGCAUUCAUUUAUUUUGAACAGUUUACUGUGGAGAGGACCAGACGCAGCUCACAUGAUUGGGGCAUGGAGACAGAGAUUACCGAAGGUGACGUGCCUCCCUAUUACCGAGAAGUAUAUGAUGCAAUUUGCUGUAAGCUGGAAGACCGAGUGCAGGGAAGUGUCUUUCACAAACUGUUGAAUAGAACCAAGCUGCCACCCAUUACACAGAACCAGAUUGCUGAACUUGUGGAAUCGUCAAAGGAAGAGCCUCUCUCAAGGUCUGCUCUGUACAAAGGUCUGAUGUUGAUUGCCCUGGCUCAGCAGGGGAAGCAGCCUUCGGCCAAACUGCUGGAGAAUAUUGCUCAAGAGUAUCCAAAGCCUCAAUUGGGUGACGUGAGUGGGCUGGAGUCGCUCCGGAUGCAGGCUAGGGGGAAUCCCAUUCUUCUCACAUGGACUCUGCAAGACCUUUUACACAUCGACAUGGUGCAGGUGGAACUAAUUCCGGAGAAGAAGGGUCUAUUCCUAAAACACGUGGAAUAUGAGGUUUCCAGUCAGCGAUUCAAGUCAUCCGUUUAUAGAAGAUAUAAUGAUUUUGUUGUCUUCCAUGAGAUAUUGCUCCAGCGAUUCCCAUAUAGGAUGGUGCCAGCACUGCCGCCAAAGAGAAUGCUAAGAGCCGACAGGGAGUUCAUUGAAUCUCGACGGCGAGCUCUGAAGCGUUUUGUUAACUUGGUUGCUCGCCACCCGUUUUUCUCCAAAGAUGAAAUUCUGCAGAUUUUCCUGUGCUUCAGUGGUCCUGACGUUCAAAACAGAAUCCGUGAGUCGUUACGAGGAGUGGGUGAUGAGUUUCUGACGUGUGGAAUAGCACCAACAGCCAAGGAACUUCUCCCUCCUGAUAUCCAGGCUCAAUUUGGUGCCAGUCGGGAGCUGAUCCGAAACAUUUACAGCAGUUUCCAUAAGCUGAGAGACCGGGCAGAGCGAAUGGCAUUUAGAUCUGCUGAGAAUGCUACUGAUCUCCUACUGUUCGGCAAGGAGUUGAGUACCCUGGGCUCUGACACAACACCAAUUCCAUCGUGGGUAUCGGCAGCAAGCAGCAUGUGGGGUACCUUGAAACAGACUCUUAAAAGCCUAUCUGUGGAGUUUGCAUUACUCGCCGACAAAGCUGCAAGGCAGGGUAAGCGCGAAGAGGAGGAAGUGGUGGAAAAACUCAAUAUCUUCUUGGAUUUAUUGCAGUCCUAUAAGGACUUGUGUGAACGUCAUGAAAAAGGUGUCCUUCACGAGCACCAGCGAGCGUUACAAAAAUACACUUCUAUGAAACGGCAGAUGAUGAGUGUGACUGUGCAAAGCAAAGAGCAGAUUUCUGCGGAGCAACUGGAAUCACGAAUAAUGCAGCAAGAGAACACCAUCCUGACCAUGGAACUUCGGAACUAUUUCUCCCUGUUUUGCCUGCACCAGGAGACUCAGCUCAUCCACAUCUACCUGCAUAUUACUUCCCAUGUGCUGACAGCCUUCAUUGACUCCCAGAUCCAAGGGCAUAACGAGAUGAGUGAAGUGUGGAAGGAAUUAAAACCAAAGCUGGGAGGUCACUUGCCUAAUGGAAUGCCAUCAUCUGCUUAAACUCUAGGCAAUUGAUAGAGCCCAAUGUCUUCUUUUCCCAUAGUGACAUGUCAUUAUGAUUCAAUUUACAAUGUUUCUCUAUUUUGUCUCCUCUUCAAGAAAACAUUCCAGAAUUGCACCUAUCAAGGGAGCAAACAAAUAUAUGGCUAUGUGUGAGGGUCUGGUUUGUGUGCGUACGCUAAAACUGGACUUACCGGAAUAACUCAUUUCCCCCUCUGAUCUGGAAAGCAGAACUGCAGAUGCUGGAAUCUGAAACAAAAGCAGGAAUGCUGGAAGAAUUCAUCCAGUUGAAUGGCAUCUGUGGAACGAGAAAUCAGUUGAUGUUUCGGGCUGUAGAGAAUUCAUCAGAACUGAGAAAGAGAAAGCAAGUUGCUCUAAGUUGCAGAGAAAGUCAGGGAGGGCACUGGGUGGGACAAAGAAAUUGGGCGAAAUGGUGUAAAAUAAUAGGCAGCCAUUGAGUGAACAGGUAAGCUCCUUUGUUCGUGUAAUGUGUUACUAAUGUGAAGUGUGACUGAUUUUAUUACAGUCUGGCCCGCUGGGAUACGUUGAAUAGCCCAGAAUAUACAAAUGAAAGGGAAAAGGGGGAGAGGAAUGGCAGCACAAAUGGGCAGUCCUCAUACACACAGCUUCACUGUCCAUGCAAUGGCUGCCCAUUAUUUUGUUCCAUUACUAAUGUUCCUGUUAUUCCACCUAUUGCCCCCCAGCCCCCUUCCUCUCCCCAAUCUUUCUUUCUCUUUCUUAGACUCACUUACUUUUGCAGUUCUGAGGAAGGAUCUUCGUCCUGAAACAAUCACUGGUUUCUCUUUCCACAAAUGCUGCCUGAAUGACUCAGCUCUUCUAGCAUUUCUGUUCUUUCUCCCCCACUGAUAUGCUCUGAUUUAGAUUUAUGGGCUAAGUUUAUAAUUAGGAGGAUGACUACAUUGAAGCAGGUAACCAAUUGUCUUGAUUUGACUUGUUUGUCCACAGUGCCUGAAAGGGGGAGUGGUUAGUGUUAAAUAAACCCUGUUAAAUGGGCGAUAUGACUACAAAUAUUCUUCACUGCUAUAAUUUAUUAACCUGGCUACCUGACUUUUAAAUGACAGUGAGGUCUCUGUCUUACUGUAUAUUAAUCUAUAUGGAUAGGAGGCUUCAGGGUUUAUGGUUAAUAUCUUCUGAGAUUGUGUUCAAACAGAGCUAGAGCAGUGGUUUUAUUAAUUACUUGCUGGUCCUCUCUCAAACUAGGUUGGCAUUAGAUUUGUAUAAAGGAAAGUGGUUUUAAAAUGGGGUUGGUGAGGUUGCUUCCUCUAAAAAUUGUCCAGUCUUGUGUAUUUCUAUGACCCAGAAACAGACAUGGAUUUAAAGGUUCAUUGAGAACUGGAUACGUUGCAAUGGAUGUACUAUGUAACUUUGUUCUAACUGAAAUUCUCUAUUGCCUUGAGUGUUCAACCACAUUGUGCUUAUGAAAGAGUGUGUAAAAUUGUUCUAAUCAUGUUUUAGGGUGCAUGAAGAUCAGAUUAUAAAGUUGGACUCUUGAAACACCAUUUAUCAUAUUGUCCUAUUACAGGUUUGCAAUAGUCAAGCUCAUAAUUACCAUACAAUGGUGUCUUCGUUGUAUAUAUUGGAGUAGUGUCAAGUCUCAUCAGAAGCUACAGUCAACAGGUUCACACAGUAAGUUGAAGGGAGCAGAAAGAGAAUGCUCUCACUCAAAGCCACUCUGACAUGGAUACUCGGAUCCCAUUCAAGGCAAAUAUUUAGUCUUAAAUCAACUUUUCACUUGUAAUUGGAUCCGAGUAUCCAUGUCAGAGUGGCUUUGAGUGAGAGCAUUCUCUUUCUGCUCCCUUCAACUUACUGUGUGAACCUGUUGACUGUAGCUUCUGAUGAGACUUGAAACUACUCCAAUAUAUACAACGAAGACACCAUGGUAUUGCACGCCAGACUGACUGACCGGGUUCCAACCAAAAAGAACCUAUUAGGAAUUAGGAAACAUGCUCUUGUUCCAUCAAUUAGUUCCUGAAAUGUUCAACCCUCUCACCACCCCUUUGCUUUGACUCAUAACUGUCUGUCAAUUUGCACACAACAGCAAGCUGUGAGGCGAGGUGACAAAAAAAGUCUAGGUGGUUAUUGCAAUAUAUUUCCCGUUAACAGUUAGAUCAGUUAAUUGUCUACUGAUGCAAGCAGCCAGCAUUUGGUUUUUCACCAGUGAUCUUAAUAAUGUCUGCAUGAAGGAACUGCAGAUGCUGGUCUAAACCGUAGACACGAAAAGCUGGGGUAACUCAACGGGACAGGCAGCAUCUCUGGAGAGAAGAAAUGGGUGACGAUUUGGGUCCAGACCCUUGAUCAGACUUCAAUAAUGCCUGUGUGGUUUAUAUUCCUGCAAUCCACGUGGGUUUUGCUGGCCAAUGUUAGUUUGCUUUCAAAAUGUUGAUCUGUCAAGCUGCCAUUUUGAAAUGGAAUUUCUAUUUUUGAAAACGGGUUAGUGCCAUUUUCACUUUAUACAGUUCUGAAACUUUUUGUAAUUUUUGUAAUUAAAAUGCUAGGGAUUUUUUAAAAGAGGAACAGGAAAGUUCUAGCCAGCAAUAUUACUCAAAUAACAUCAAUCGCUUUUAUGCAUAACAAACGUCUGGUCAUAAUCAUAUUCCUAUUGUCGUCAUAUCGCUAAAAAUGAUACAACAGUGACUACAAACAAACAAAUGUAGUUCAUUAGGUAUAAAUGAUAGCUACAAUUGCUGGUCCUUUUAUGCAAGAGUGAAAAAUGCCCAUUGAUAUUUCUUGUUCGCUGGAGUGCAUCCUUACAGAACACCAUUACCUAGUUGUACUGUAUAACUGAUUAUAUUACUGGUUGAAAGCAGCAGAGGGGAGAGGUUUAAUGACACACAAUGUUAAGUCACAGAGGAAGGUUCUCUGAGAAUUGUACUUUGCCAUUUUCAAAAAUCACAAAUGGGUCUGCAGUUCAGACAUUUCAACACCUAAGUUUUGAAUGUUUUUACUCGGUUGUGGCAGGAUGGCUAUGAGAUUGUGUGAAGAGAUAUUUUCAUCACCAAGUCAGCUGUUGCUCUUAGCAAAUAGGAAAUUGAUAAGUGGCAGCAAUGGGAAGUCUGAGAGGCAGAGGGUAUUUUAAAGUAACUGCUUGUGGAGACCUGAGGUGAGCAGAUGUGAAAUAUCUACAUGCCAAGUGAAAUAUUAAUUUUAUUUUCGACAUAAUCCAUUAAAAUGUUAUCCACAGUGCAGGCAAGGCAGGGUUCUCAAUAAAUAUUUUAUUUUUACAAACAGCCGAAUUUACUCAGCAAAAUGUAGAUUCAACUGUUUAAAGUCCUGCAGUAUAAUACUGCAGAUGCUGGAAAUUUUAGUUUAAAAUGUAGAAGAUACUAAGCUUCUGUGGAGAGGGAAAACAGUGUUAACAUCUCAAAUCAGGAAAUGCUACAUACCCUGCUGGUCAGGCAGCAACUGAGCAGCAAGGAAAACCAGAUUACAGUUCUAAUGAACAAUCAUUAAAACCAAAUAGUGCUUUUGUUACAUUUAAACAUUUACAUUUGUUUCAUUAAAAUGAAACUGUUCUUUCCACAGUUGGUCUGAUCAGCUGAGAUUUCCCCCAAAAUUUACUGUUUCUAUGUAGGGUUUCUCCGAAUCCCAUCCUUUUGUGGUUACCAGGCAUAAUUGAUUGGGGAAACGCACAAUCUUCUUAAUACUAGUAUCACUAUAUGCAGUCUUCAUUAAUCCAAGUAUGCCUCACUAUUUGGAGGUUGUCUCAAUGCCUUUGUGGCGUAUGUUGAAAUGUGUUGCAGUUUACUAAUUAAAUUUCUAUUAUAUUUUCUGGACUGUAAAAUGAGUUUGGGUAGCCUUAAUCCUGCUAAUAGUAGAAACUACACAUAAUUUAGCAUAAAUUCAGCAUUAAAAAUU